AUGGAAUGGAGACAGAAUGGGCAAGGUGAUCUGCACUGGAGAGGAACACAGACUUCUCAAAAUAUUCCAACAGGUGUGCAUAGAUGGAAACGACCGCAAUACGGAUGGAGCAAAUGUAACACUGAUGGAUCAUUCAUCAACACAGAAAUAGCUAGCUCGGCAGGUUGGGUCAUCAGAGAUAGUGAUGGAAUUUACAAAGGCUCUGUACACGCAACAGGUAGAAGAACACAGAGUGCCCUGGAGAGUGAGUUACAAGCAAUACUAAUUGCGCUGCAACAUUGUUGGAGUCUAGGCAUCAAUCAGCUUAUACUUGAAAGUGAUUGUCAGAAAGCAGUAAAUAUUAUCAACAGCAAACAGCUUCAUUUCGCGUUUUACAACUGGACAAGAGAGAUCAGAGCAUGA